ACAUUCAACAUUGAUGAACAUCCGAGAGAUGAAAACCAUUUAGUCUAAAUCACUGUUGUAAUAUGGGUUGAUGAGUUUUGUAUGGAUAAUCUGUUUCAUAGUUAUAGUAGACUUUUUUCAUAAUGGAGAAAUAUGAAAAAAUUCGUGUCGUCGGAAGGGGAGCUUAUGGAAUAGUCCAUCUUUGUCGGAGGUUGGCAGACAAGAAGUUGGUGAUCAUCAAGCAGAUUCCAGUGGAACAGAUGACCAAAGAGGAACGGCAAGCUGCUCUGAAUGAGGUCAAAGUCCUUUCUAUGCUGUCACAUCCAAACAUCAUACAGUACUUUGAGAAUUUUCUUGAAGACAAGGCCCUUAUGAUUGCCAUGGAGUAUGCUCAAGGUGGAACGCUGAGUGAAGUAUUACAACAGAGGAACAAUAACUUACUAGAAGAGGAGGACAUCCUGAAGUAUUUUGCCCAGAUGUUACUGUCCCUACAACAUGUACACUCCAAGCAGAUCUUACAUCGGGACCUAAAGACUCAGAAUAUCCUGCUGGACAGGAGGAAGGAAGUGGUCAAGAUUGGUGACUUUGGUAUAUCUAAAGUGCUCAGCAGCAAAAGCAAGGCAUACACAGUUGUUGGAACACCAUGCUAUAUUUCUCCAGAACUUUGUGAAGGAAAACCUUAUAAUCAAAAGAGUGACAUCUGGGCACUGGGCUGUGUAUUAUAUGAACUUGCCAGUCUCAAAAAGGCCUUCGAAGCAGCUAAUCUCCCAGCUUUGAUCCUGAAGAUUAUGCGUGGAACAUUUGCACCAAUUUCGGAGACAUACAGUGAGGAAUUGCGGUCCCUGAUCUUAAGUAUGCUUCAUCUGGACCCAAACAAACGACCACACAUCAAUCAAAUCAUGGCCCAGCCAAUUGUAUCCAAUGCCUUGCUUAACCUUCACACUGAAAUGGGGAAGCUGCCAUGUUCUAGAGUUCACCGACCAAUGCCAACUCCAGCCAUUAACCGUCCUCACCGAGGGAACAAGAGUUCCAGAGACACUCUAUCAUCUAAACCGCCAUCCAUGAGCUCGGUCUACUGUUGGGGUAAUGGGAUGACAUCUCCAGUGAAGCUACCCCUUCCCACCAUCGACACACAAGUCACCCAGGUGUCCACUGGUCGCUCACAACGUGCUGCCAUCACCAAAAAUGGACGCUUAUUUGUAUGGGAGGCCUCCGUUGGAACAGAUAAUUUGAUGCCAGGAGCAACUGAAGGUCAAUCUCUAGGGUUCAUCCCUCGGUAUCUAGAGGGCCAGUCUGCUGUCAAUCUACAGCAUGUGUCGUGUGGAGACCUUUUCACGGCUUGUCUUACAGAUCGAGGAAUCUUGAUGACUUUUGGAAGUGGGGCUAAUGGGUGCCUAGGUCAUGGAAACUAUAAUGAUGUUGUACAGGCAAAGAUCGUAGAGUCCCUUCUAGGCUAUGAGGUGGUGCAAGUGUCAUGCGGUGCCACCCAUGUACUAGCUGUGACCAAUGAACAUGAAGUGUUUGCCUGGGGCAGGGGUGAUAAUGGUCGUCUUGGCCUCGGUAGCCAGGACUCGUUCUCUACACCUCAGAUGGUCUCUGUGCCAAAACCACACCAUCCAUCCUCUGUUCACUGUGGUAUGGAUUGCUCAAUGAUCCUAACAUUGGACAAUAAACUUCUGUGUUCUGGCAGCAACAGAUACAACAAGUUAGGCCUCGAUGAGAUAGGACCUGAUGGUACCUGUUCUAAAGUGGUAGAAGAUAUUUACAACUUCAUGAGCAUCACAUCACAUCCCAUCAAUGAGAUGGCAGUAAAGAUGGUGGCAUUAGGGACAUCGCACACUGGUGUUGUAACAUUGGAGGGUCAGUGCUAUGUGUUCGGGUCGAAUCAGUUUGGACAGCUUGGAAAUUCGGAGGGCACAAAUCGCCAGAUACAGUUAGUACGAGCUCUCCUAAACCAGAAGGUGACAAAGGUAGCAUGUGGGGAUACAUUCACAGUAGCAAGUGUUGAAGGUGGAGAGGUUUACUCAUGGGGGAACAGUGCCAGGGGACGACUAGGACGAUCAGAAACCGACUCUACACCAAAAAAAGUCAAUCUUUCCCCAGAUGAACUCUUCUCAGUCGUAUCAAUAUCCUGUAACCAUGGAAACACAUUACUGGCGACCAGACCUGUUCAAAGAACUGACAGCCCCUCAAUGGAAUCAUGACAUCUUCGCAUUUAGGAAGUGUCACUAUAGCUUCUGUAUAAAAUGAGUCCCUCCAUACAGCAAUUUUGUCAGUGUACAAAUACACCAUCCAUACAUGCUAUGUUACCUGUGUAUAAGGACCAUCCCUUCAUGAAGCAUUGCUGGCAGUGUACAAGGACCUUCCCUUUAUGCAAUGCUGCCUGUGUAUCAGGACCGUCCCUCCAUGGAGCAAAUGCUGUCUGUAUAUAAGGAACGUCCGUCCAUGCCAUAGCCUGUGUACAAGGACUAUCCCUUAAAGGAGCAUUGCUGCCUGUGUAUAAGGACCAUCCCUUUAUAGAACAUUGCUGUCUGUGUAUAGGGACUGUAAGGACUAUCCCUUUAUAAAACAUUGCUGCCUGUGUAUAAGGACCAUCCCUUUAUAAACUAUUGCUGCCUGUGUAUAAGGACCAUCCCUUUAUAGAACAUUGCUGCCUGUGUAUAAGGACCGUAAGGACUAUCCCUUUAUAAAACAUUGCUGCCUGUUUAUAAGGACCAUCUCAUUAUAAAACAUUGCUGUCUGUGUAUAAGGACUGAUCCUUCAUGGAGCAGUGCUGCCUGUUGACAUCCUCUACUGUAAUUUCUGUCCACAGAACAAUGAUCAGCUUCCAAUGGAGGAAUAACAUCUUUCUACAAACUGAUUGUCUAUAACAAUACCUUUGUAUUUCAACCGUCCAUAUUAAUACCUUUGUAUUACAACCGUCCAUAACAAUACCUUUGUAUUACAACAGUCUAUAACAAUACCUUUGUAUUACAACCGUCCAUAACAAUACCUUUGUAUUACAACAGUCUAUAACAAUACCUUUGUAUUACAACCGUCCAUAACAAUACCUUUGUAUUACAACCGUCCAUAACAAUACCUUUGUAUUACAACCGUCCAUAACAAUACCCUUGUAUUACAACCGUCCAUAACAAUACCCUUGUAUUACAACCGUUCAUAACAAUACCCUUGUAUUACAACCGUCCAUAACAAUACCCUUGUAUUACAACCAAUUCUCAGUGUAACAUGUAGUACACACUGUCCCUCCAUGGAAUUGUGAUGAAUUUUGAUACUAGAAAGUAAUGUUUUUAGAAGCUGAAGUAUUUUGUCUGCUUUAUUAUGUACUUGCUUUAUGUAUUCAUAGACCAUUGAUCAUGUAUCAUUGACUGGCAUCUACGCAGAUCCGUCCUCAAUCUCACUGUGAUAAAAAAGAUGUACUGAAAA